AUGCUGAAUACAUUUCAAAAUUACAAACAGCACAAACGUCGUCAAGAGGAGCGAGAGCUUCAUCUUCGAACUCUGGAAGCCCUGUCCAUUACCAUGUCCGAUGAUGAUGACUAUGAUUAUGAUGAGGAGCCGUCUGCGAUUGCAAAUAUGACGGCGGGUAUUUUGAGAGGACCUUCGACUAGUAGAAGUAGUACUAGUACUAGUAGCCGGGAGCGAUCGGCGUUGCCAUUGGUGAGGGCACAUGCCAAGAGAAUUGCAUUUGCAGUCAUUGCGAUUGUAUCGCCCAUCAUUGCUCUGUACGUUGGUCUGUCUACUGCUACUCGCAAUAAUAAUACUCCAUCACCCAUUAUUAGCAACAUGAUGGAUUCCAGAAUUCGAUUGACGGCAAUGAUUCAAGAUUGGAACCUCACAUCCGUGGAGCGAUUGGUAGACUUGCAAAGUCCACAAGCACGAGCACUGGAGUGGAUCCUUCAAAGUAGUGCUGAGGAAAUUGAAAUUGAUUGGAAUCACGUGGACACGCUCAAGGCCAAGUUUGCUCUGGCAACUCUAUUCUUUGCGACGACCCAAUCAUUGAGUGCUAAUGAUGAUGACAUUAGCUCUUCUUGGACCAACCACGACCAUUGGUUGUCCACCACACACUCUAUAUGUUUUUGGUAUGGCAUUACCUGCUUCCACGACAAUGACGGUAGGAACACUGCAGAACCACGGAUUCGAUCCUUGGACUUGUCGUACAACGGCCUUCAAUCCUCUCUUCCAGCAGAGCUUGCUCUUCUUAGUAAUCAUCACAUUGAGAGCUUGGGACUACACUCGAAUGAUAUCACGGGUACAAUUCCAUUGGAACUAUAUCGAAUGGACAAUCUUGCAUAUUUGUACCUGGACAACAACCACUUGUCUGGAUCGAUCGAUUCCGCCAUUGGAACCUUGACGAAUCUAGUCGAUUUACGAAUAUCCGGAAACAUGCUGACGGGGAAGCUUCCAACAGAAAUGGAACACUUGACUUUGCUCCAGAUUGCAUACAUUGACACUAACGCCAUUUCUGGUAUGCUCCCUUUCGAAGCCUUGUCGAACAUGAUCCUACUGCAUGAACUUCAGUUCCAUGACAACAUUAUUAGUGGUGCCUUGCCCCAAGAGCUGGAGCGACUCAAAAUGCUGCGUAUCUUGUACGGCGAUGGGAAUCAUCUCUCUGGGGCGAUACCCAAUGCUAUGGGUCAACUCACCCACCUCGAGGCUCUUUUUUUGUUUGACAAUCAAAUCUCUGGACCAAUACCACAUUCUCUUGCGGAAUUGACCGAGCUUCAAGAGUUUCAAGUGCACGAGAAUCAACUUACUGGCCCCGUUUGGGAAGACAUUAUAGAAGCAUGGACCAACCUCAAAAUAUUGCGAGUGCACAACAACUCGCUCGAUGGAGCUGUUCCAAAUGCUCUGGCCGGCUUGAACGAUUUGAAAAUUGUGCAAUUGCAUAGCAACCACUUUGUUGGAAGUGUACCCGAAGUACUUUGUAACUUGACCGAGCUCAGCAUUUUGACGAGUGACUGCGGCGAUUUUGUGGAGUGUACCUGCUGUACUCAAUGUUUUCAGCACCAGUGA